AUGGACACGACGGCAGAGCCCCCGUCGUCAUGUCCCCUCCAGCGCUCAGUCUCGCAGCAUAGCGCAGCAUCCACACAUUCUAUUCAAAGCAAUAGAAGUAAUCGGAGCGCUACGCUGCGUACUGGUCGCCGUCGCCGGCUCAUUAACCAACCUAACGGCUCAGCAAGCAGCGUCGCUACGAGCGACAAGUCCUUGAUAAGUUUUCCUAGUUUCAGUGCCGACCCUAUCGACGCGAACAUUGUCCAUGACGAAGAGGUGCGCCUCAAAACCGCCACCCAGGAACCAGAGCAUACCAGUCCGAGCACCCUCAGCAAUAGAGGUCUGUCCAUAGUCGACAGUCUAACAGGCAAAGACGCGUCUCGAGAUGCCUUGUUUGAGGAUGCACCACUGCGACAAUCGAUCCCGGGCGCGUUACAUCGCGCUGAUGACAGUCACAUCGAACGGCUGAUUUCCCGACACGGCGCCGUCUCGCUCGUUCGACAAAUUGCAGAGGACUUGGCGCAGAGAGAUGCCCAAAUUGCUGCGCUUCGCCGACGGGCCGAUGAGCGGGAACGAGCGCUCAGGAAAAUUAUAAGGGAAUGUGGCCUGUCAAAUAUGGAUUUGGAGAACCGCUUCAAGACGGUCGAGGCUGAGAUGCGACUGAAUGGACGAAGACACAGUGAUGGGGAGACUGGGCUGACGGAUCUCAUGAGCGAUGCGAUGCAAGAUACCAUGGCAACGCAUGCAUAUGGUGAAACGGAGCGAACCAAGGCGACAGUUCGAGCAAGCGGCAACAGCAAAGGCACCAUCCGGGGAUGGAAAGAAUACCUCUGGGGAGGCGGGACAGCAAAACGAGUAGGCUGCGCGACCAGCGUAAAUGCCGACGGCGUCAAUCAAGCCACCAUGAUUCGCUCACAAUCAAGCAUGGAUAGACGCCCUGCGAUCCAGGAUGAUCUGUUCACCCCUCCGCCGGAACCCAGCACGACCGCAAACGCGACCAGCUCAAGCCGCGCUUCUAGCGUCCACUCCGCUGCAGUUCCUGAGCGAAAGUCGUCGGUGUCGUUGGCAAGUCUCGCCUUACGGCUCGUGGCUGGAGGUACUGCGACUCCGCGAGAUGCCGAGACCAGAGGCAGAGCUGUGAGUGCUUCUGCUCGUGAGGCGUCGAGAGCAGGGUCAACUGCCAGUGCUCGGACAGCGCAAUCUGCGCGAGUCGUAUCCAUGGCUGGAAAUCCCAAGGCUUUGAUGGCCAUGCGACGGACGGCUCAGACGCCACAGCCCACGACUAGCACAAAAUCGCAGGCACAAGACGUGUGGGGGAAUAUGAAGAGCAGUUCGCCGGAUGCAAUGAAUGCACGCCCGGAAAGCUACGGCCCUGUUGAGAUGGAUGCUAUCUUGCCACCCGAAUCGCAGCCUCCCACUCUAUCCCACAUCUACCAGAACAAUGCGCACGGCGAGUUUCUAACAGAUAGAUUUGGCUUCAUCUACGAUCAGCGCCGAAAGAGACGACAGCGGGAAGCGGCGCACAUGGCUGAUCGCAUCAAAGGCGGCCGCACUGAGAUGCUCGCCAAUGGCCGUACCGGCAUAUCUCCAAAUCUCCUCGAAGGCCUUCCAAGCCCUAAAUGGAGUGUCUCAAGUGGUGGCAGGCCUGGCAGCCCGAGUAGCCACGAGGAACGAAUCGAAGAUGACAGCAAGCCAAACAGAUGGCAGGACUUUCUCAAAAUUGCAACAUUUCCUACUGAGCUCCUGAGUCAUACGCCGAGUGUGAGUGCGUCCGCAAUGGAGGUAUUGGAGGGUACUGGCGUCUUGACGCCCUACGUUCCCGACCGAGAGCCGUUCAAGGCACCGAGUAUCACACCCACAACCGCUGGUUUAGUUCCUCCGCAGGCGGGUACGACGACUGCAAUUGACAACGAGACCACGCAGCCCGUAGAGACGGACGCCAACGUCAACACCACAGUCCUCAAGGAAGACACUGAGCCCGUAAAGCUGCUACUGCGGCAGCUCAGCGAUGUCCAUGACGCAUUGCAGCGCGACAAGACUGUCAAGUGGAAUGAUUUCCUGCGUAAGGUGAGGGCCGAGCGUCGACGCGAAGGACAGGCUGCCGUGGCGGCCGCUGCAGCCGUCGCCGAGGCUCGUUACGAGACGCCCGCCAUGAUUCUUCCCGAAACUCGAGUGGCAGACGGCGAGAUAAUUGGCAUCUCGGGCCUCGGGAACAAGGGCAAGGUCGGCCGGGCCAAGUGGAAUGAGUUCAAGUCGCUAGUACUCGGUGGAAUACCGGUUGCCUUUCGCGCGAAGGUGUGGUCUGAAUGUUCUGGUGCAAAUGGGCUACGUGUUCCUGGACACUAUGAAGACCUCGUCGCACAAAACGGCGAGGAUGACGACGCAGCAGUGGUCAGCCAGAUUCAAAUGGAUAUUCACCGAACUUUGACAGACAACAUCUUCUUCCGAAAGGGGCCAGGCGUACAGAAGCUGAACGAGUUGCUCCUUGCAUAUUCCCGGCGGAACAAGGACGUUGGAUACUGCCAGGGCAUGAACCUGAUUGCAGCGAAUCUUCUCCUCAUUAUGCCGUCGGCAGAAGAUGCGUUCUGGGUCCUGGCAUCAAUCAUUGAAAGCAUCCUACCGCACGGUUACUAUGACCAGUCGCUCAUGGCAUCCCGGGCGGACCAGCAAGUGUUGCGGCAAUUUGUCUCGGCGGUGCUCCCCAAGCUCUCGGCCCACCUCGACUCGCUCUCAAUCGAGCUCGAAGCGUUGACUUUCCAGUGGUUUCUGUCAGUGUUUACUGACUGUCUUUGCGCCGAAGCGCUGUUCCGGGUGUGGGAUGUGGUACUGUGCACCAAUGACGGGAGCACGUUUCUUUUCCAGAUUGCGCUGGCGUUGCUGAAGCUGAACGAGCGAAAUCUGCUGCAAUGCGACACGCCGGCAGGAGUCUACACAUACAUCAACUACCACAUGACGGAGCACGCAAUCAGUAUUGACGGCUUGAUUCAGGCUGGCGAAGCACUGCGACGCGUUGUGCGACGCGAGGAUAUUGAGCAGCGACGGAACAUGGCGAUGCAGGCUGAGAAGGACAUGGUCGCCGAGUGA